CCCCACGCCGCCUCGUCGCGCCUGUCCGGCUCCCGCCCUGGAGGCGGCUCCACCCGGCGCCCCCGCUUUCCACUGCCAGACCUGCAGGCUCAGUUAGCUGUCAGGCGACUGGCUGUGACACUCCCUACGUGCCCCAGACAUGGCGACAGAGGAGAAGAAGCCAGAGACAGAGGCUGCCCGGGCGCAGCCCACUCCUUCGUCCUCUGCCACGCAGAGCAAGCCGACCCCUGUCAAGCCGAACUACGCACUCAAAUUCACGUUGGCCGGGCACACGAAGGCUGUGUCAUCUGUGAAGUUUAGCCCCAAUGGGGAGUGGCUGGCCAGCUCAUCUGCCGACAAACUCAUCAAGAUCUGGGGCGCCUAUGAUGGCAAGUUCGAGAAGACCAUAUCUGGACACAAGCUGGGAAUAUCAGACGUGGCCUGGUCCUCGGACUCCAACCUGCUGGUUUCGGCCUCUGACGACAAGACACUGAAGAUCUGGGAUGUGAGCUCGGGCAAGUGCCUGAAGACACUGAAGGGUCACAGCAACUAUGUCUUCUGCUGUAACUUUAAUCCACAGUCCAACCUCAUUGUGUCGGGCUCGUUCGACGAGAGUGUGCGGAUCUGGGAUGUGAAGACAGGGAAGUGCCUGAAGACUCUGCCUGCUCACUCGGACCCUGUCUCAGCUGUCCACUUCAACCGUGACGGCUCCUUGAUCGUGUCUAGCAGCUACGAUGGACUUUGCCGCAUCUGGGACACAGCUUCUGGCCAGUGCCUGAAGACGCUGAUUGAUGAUGACAACCCACCUGUGUCCUUUGUAAAAUUCUCUCCCAACGGCAAGUACAUCCUGGCCGCCACCUUGGACAACACACUCAAGCUUUGGGACUACAGCAAAGGCAAGUGCCUGAAAACGUACACGGGCCACAAGAACGAAAAGUACUGCAUUUUCGCCAACUUCUCCGUCACCGGAGGCAAGUGGAUUGUAUCAGGCUCGGAGGACAACCUGGUUUACAUCUGGAACCUGCAGACCAAGGAGAUCGUGCAGAAGCUGCAGGGCCACACGGACGUGGUGAUCUCCACGGCCUGCCACCCAACCGAGAACAUCAUCGCGUCAGCCGCACUAGAAAAUGACAAGACCAUCAAACUGUGGAAGAGCGACUGCUAGGCCGGCCAAGAUGUGAGGCAAAGCCUGCUGCCCCAGUGCCCACAGUGGCCAGGACUCCUGGGGCACUGCCCGUGCCUCUGCCCUGUCCGGGACAUUUCCUGCUCUGGGCCAUUGAGGUCGCAGAGAUUUAUAAUUUUUUAUUACAGAGGGUGAGUUCACUUGA